CCACAACAGUGAAACAGGUGCGCGUGACAGCUUCGGAAAGUGGGCAGCUAGUGCUUUUAUUGUCGCUGAUUUCACGUGGAUAGAUGCAAAUGUGUUGUCAUUUAUUUGGCAUCAUAGGAAAGAGACAGAUAUACAAUGCAUUGACGAUAUUAUGUUUGUAUAUGAAAACAAUCGAAAUUGAGGAUGGUUAUUUUUUUUUCAUCAGGAAGUUAUCUGGUUCUCGAUGUUUCAAUACAGCUGUGAUACAUGUGCAGAUGUUCUACAGAAUCUAGGUAAAGCAGAGAAAACAUUUGAUGAGCGGAUUGAUGAACAUGCCCACAAAUUGGAGAGGCAGCAGGAAGUGGCAGGGAAACUUCACAAAGAGCUUAGAGGAUACAUCCACUGUGCCAAAGCUAUGCAAGCUGCUUCCAAAAAUCUGUACCAAGUUCUACAGGAAACCUAUGAAGAAGAUUGGGACGAUUAUGAAAAUGUGAAAUCUCAGCUAAAUUCCUUAGAACUGAUGUGGCACAACUACCUACAGAGCUUGAAUGACAGUGUGAACGAGCCACUCAACACUUACAUGAGUCAUUUUCCAAAUCUCAGACAAAGAAUCUCAAAGCGAGGCAGAAAAUUGACAGAUUUUGACAAUGCAAAACACAACCUUGAUGUUUUGGAAAAUGCUAAGAAAAAAGAUGAGGCAAAAAUCAAAAAGGCCCACGAUGAGUUGGAAGAAGCCAAGAAAAUAUAUCAGCAAAUCAAUGACGAGCUGCACAUAGAUUUACCCAUGUUUUAUGACAGCCGAGUUAAUUUUUAUGCCUCAACAUUCCAAAGUUUAUUUAAUUCAGAAGAAAUAUUCCAUGGAGAGGUUUUUAAGCUGAGCAGCGAGAUAAACACCAUUGCAGAAAGACUUGCCAAAAGCAGUGAGCAGAUGAAAUUCCAGCCCCGACCUCUUAGUUCGCAUGUACCUGGAGAGGUAAAUGGUCAUCCUGAGGUACAUGGGGAAAAUGGACACGACUCUAGUCCCAUAGCAUCGUCAACCUCAGUGAAAGAGGAACACGUAGAGGAAGGGGAAACCUCGACUUCAGACCAUGCAAUAUAUGAAAACAGUGAGCUAGAAAAGACUGAUCCACUGAAUGAAAUAAAGGUUGAAAAAGCAGAUGAAAAGGAAUCAACAAAUAAGGAGGAGAAAUCAUCACAGCAAAUAUUGAGUCAGAGUCAGGGUAGUGAUGGCAAGGUGAAUGGAGAUCUGGAUGAGACUGCCUCUCAGAACUCUGAAGACUUGGCUCCCACCUACCCCCCUCCCAUACCACCCUCAGAGGAGUGUGACCAGGUCCCUGUCACCCCAGAGAAACAGGAGCCCUCCUCACCCUUAGGUUCACCAGCAUAUGACACGCCUCCAUGUAAAAUGCCAGGGGAAAAAGAGGAGAAAGUGGAAGCAAAAGCUGAUGAGGAGAAAGAAGCAGAGAACAAGGAGAAGGAGGAGGAGAAAGAGGAGGAACAUGAGGACAGCAACCUGUAUGAAGUCCCCACAUCCAACAAACCAGUGGAGUUACCAGAAGGUGUUCUCUAUCAGGUGCAGGCCACACACCCAUACACCAAUGAAGAUGAGGAUGAGUUGUCGUUUGAGGCUGGAGAGAUCAUUUAUGUAGUUCCUUUUGACAACCCUGAUGAACAGGAUGAUGGUUGGGCCAUGGGACAGAAAAAAGGAGAUGGGACAAAAGGAGUGUUUCCUCUCAACUUCACCAAGAAACUCUAGCCAUUCCAGCACUCAGUCAGAAUCAGCCAGAUCUUAGCAUUCCAGUUGAACUCAAGUCACAAUAUCUCUGGUCAAAUCAAUCAUGUCUUAAUUGUCCACAUGUUAAUUAGUUGACAAUUGAUCUGAAGGGAAAAAAAUCAGCAUUGAAGGACCAUGAUGGUGCCCUGUAGUUUUCAGUGUACUAUACAGGAAGUGUUUAUGAAAUGUCAUAAGUGUCAAUUCUUUGGAAUAGAUUAUCAUUUCAAAGAUUUUUGAAAGUAUAUUUUUUUAGAAUAAUGGCAUCCAGGUUAAUAAUCAAAUUUACUGUCAAUGCAAAUUUCACUUGUUAAUAAAGCACAGAAUCGUACUGUACUAUCAGUACUACAUACUACACUAUAGUAUUCAUCAAUCUUUACAGUAAAUGCUCUAUGAGAGGGCAAAUUAAAAAAGGGUUGAUAUUGAAAAUGAUUAGAUCUAUCUCUUAGUAAAUCAAAGAACACAAUAUUCAGGACUUUAAGGGAAGGGCUAAAUCUAAAGCAAACAUGUUUGAUUACAAAGGGCCUUGUUAAGGGUGUACAAAAUUGAUGUAUAUAUAUCCAUUGAAAAAUAAUAUUUUGUUUAAAAAGGAUAUUCAUAGUUUAAUAAUAUGCACAUUUUACCUAUGAUAAACAGAUUGAGAAAUACUAUAGAAGUUAAACAUCACAUAGUUUGGUUAUUGAACAGUUAUAGCAAAUCGGCAUUUUAAAGAUUGCAAUAUAUUUUUUGAAAUUCAAAACUGUAAACAGUCAAUUUGAAAAUAUUUUGAUGUGUUCAGAAUGUAUUGAUUAAAAGAACAUGUAUAUGUACUCCAGCCUUCAAUUUUUCUGCAAAAACUGCAGAUAAGUAACUUUUUUUUUUUAUCUUCCAUCUUCUAAGUUGAUUGUAGACGAUAGUUCAGAUACUUUGAAUGAGAUAGUUUAAGGGUUUCUAAAUGAUUUCUUCCAUCUAAAAAUCAAAUAUAACUCAUUAAGAAUAGAUUUCUUUGUAAAUUUGAAAUAUAUGUGAUUUUUUUCUUUAUGAUAUUUGAAAUAAUAUUUUAUCUUGCAAUACCCCCUAUGAUAAUUGAUAAAUAUAUUCAAUAUAAGGCUGUGGUAUUUUAUUAGUUACAUAUGUAUGUAAGAUAUGAGUUGUAAAACUUGUAAAGGUAUCAUAAUACUUAUAUGACAGUUUCUAUAAAUAUAGUUGUCAGUCUGAAAUUAUUGAAAACAAGAUAAGUCACUUCAUAAGAUUAAGUAUUGGUUCUACAAGUUCCUGAAUCCUGUGUACAUGCAGUUAUAUCUCAUACAUCGGUAUUUUAUUGAACUACAAAUUUUAAGAUAUUUCUGUCCUGACAGUGCCAGGAAAAAUGCAAGGGCUGUUUUUAUUCUUUGGUGUAUUGAAUAUUGUCUGUCUUCUGACAAAACUACUUAUGAUUGGUGUAAACAAUUCAAGACAUUUAUUCAUGACAUCGUCACAAGCCACAGGUUUUGUGUCCAUUCUAAUUUGACAGUAGAGUAUAUUAAUGGACAUAAAACUUGUGGCUUGUGAUAAUGAUUCAUCAGUGCGAAAGCAAUAUCGAUUUUGUCUCACAUUUAUGAGGUUUGAAUUGAAAUGGUCUUUACAAAAAAACAAAAACACCAUAUUAAUUACUUGUUCAGGAUUAUUUUUGAUUUGAGAAGAUUUUUGUAGAAAUUUGAAUUUACUGCCGAUAUUAAUGAUAUGAAAUUGCAAAAAGUAGUAGUAUUAAAUUCACACCUUUUCGAACUCCUUUAUAUUGCUUGUCCUAUGAACACAAACCAGGUGAGAAUAAAAAUUUUCAUUUAAUUAAAUCUGAUUAAAAAGAUAAGAAACAUUAA